AAGUUAUGCUUGCGUUUUAUCGAAUGCUCUACCCUUUCAAACCCAUAUUCAAGUGGUUGAAUCACGAACAAGCCCCAACAAAGCUCUUUACUCACCGCGAAUUCGCGUUCACCCUCCAGGGUGAUGUCUACCUUAGAUACAACUCUUUCAAUACAGCCGAUGAACUGAAAAAGCAAGUAUGCGCGCUCAAUCCUACGCGUUUUGAAAUAGGUCCCAUGUAUACAGCAAAACCAAAAGACAAGAAAACAGUUCGUCCUGCCGCAUUUUCACCACUGAAGCGCGAGCUCGUGUUUGAUAUUGAUAUGACCGACUACGAUUCGAUUCGUACCUGUUGCUCUGGUGCUGGUAUAUGCCGUCGAUGUUGGGGUUUCAUCGCUGCCGCUGUAGAUGUCAUCGAUUCUGCUAUUACAGAGCAAUUUGGAUUCAAAGAACUUCUCUGGGUAUACUCCGGUCGUCGCGGUAUUCAUCUUUGGAUAUCAGACCCGGAGGCCAUGGAUCUCACUGAUGAGCAACGUAAGGCCAUCGUCGGGUAUCUCACUGUCAUUGAGGGUGGGAAGGAAAUGCGCAACAAGGUCAAUGUGCGCAUGGGACCAAGAGGUCCUCUCCCUCCAUCACUACAGAGUGCCGUCAACACCCUUGACAAUCACUUUGACGAUCUUAUACUUGACGACCAAGACUGCUUUAGAUCUGAUGAAGGCUGGGAGUCACUUUUACAGCUUAUACCAGAUCGUAAAGCGGUAGACACCUUGCGCAAGAACUGGUCACAUGCAUCUCAACGUUCAUCAAAAGGAGCAUGGGCUGAUCUCAAGAAACAUAUGAAGGAUUAUCCAGCCGUUGUGGACGACAUUAUCCUGCAGUAUACUUACCCGCGACUUGACACAGAAGUCUCAAAGCACCGCAACCAUCUGCUAAAGGCACCUUUUUGCGUACACCCUAAAACAGGUCGGGUCUGUGUUCCUGUCGAUGCAAAAAAAAUCCAUAAGUUUGAUCCGUCUCGAGUACCAACUGUGCAUCAACUUCUUCGUGAGCUUGACGCGGGAGCUUCGGCUGAUAGUGCAGCGGGGGGUUCUGCCUGGGAGAGGACAUCACUGAAACCCUACGUUGAGAUGCUUGAACGGCACAAUGCAACGAUAAGCACAAGGGUCAGGCAGGACAAGAUCAAGCAGGACAAGAGUUGGUGAUGGUAGUUGGUUUUCACUGUUUUUCUAGAAUUCGAUGGACUCUUUCGCUGUAUUCUUAAUUCAGUGCAUGAUAUCUGUAACCUCG